ACGAACAAACCUGAUACACUAAAACGCUGACGUUUCAUCUUCCCCCUUCCUUCGCAAUUGCAUCCCCUUAACCAUUGCCGCCAUAAUCACUCGGAGCCUCAGGCAGCGCAAGCGACGUUCUUCUUCUUCUUCUUCUUUUUUCCGAGUUGUGGAAGCCGAAUCAACUCGGGUCGAAUCGAUGGCUAAUCCGAACGCAUCCUCCGUCAACUCAGUCCCGCCGUUCGUCAAAACCGUGUUCAUCGACACGAACCUCGGCACACAUCUCGCCACCCUCGUCCACAGCGGAGAUACCGUCUCCAGAUUCAUAAAUAGAUUGCUCGUGGAGCACCGGCUUUGCUUUCCAGAUGUUGGAGACAUUGAAAUUUCUGCUCUCAAGGUGAAACGCAGAGGUCGCUUCUAUCACCUCGUGGACACUAUGCUCGUGAUGAAGGCUUUUGAAGGCAACGGUAAAAGCUGGUUUCUUUUUCUCGAGGUCAAGAGAGUUGCGAAAGAGGGGGAGAAUCUGCAGAUCCAAUGUGUUGAUUCUAGCAAAAACGUUCAGUGUUUGGCUAAUGGGUUCGAUCCUCUUCUGGGUGGUCCAUCUAGUAGACUGCCUGAUAUUGAUGAGUUGGAUCAUCAGCAGAAGAGUGACCAUUGCCUUGUAACGUCCAAACCUUCGGUUUACCUGUCUGAUUCUGACAAACAACGGCCGGCUGAUUUUGAUCGUCCUGAAGUUGAACACAAUUCCCGCAAUCAUCCUCUUGUUCGUUACCCUGAUUCCGAUGCUGUUGUCGAGAACAUUUCUGCUGAGUGUCAGAAAGUUUCAAACCCUAAGUUGCCCGAGAAAGAGAAAUACAUGGCUAUAAGUUCAGAGUUUGCUGACGGGAUUACCAGGAAUGAGGAUAAUGUAGUGCAGCAAGAAGAUCCGAAUCUUGUGGAAGGUGCUGGAACUGAAUUAGCUACAACUGCGAAGAGAAAACAUAAGUCAAAGAGGAAAGCUAGGAGUUGGGAUGAGAAUGCAAUAGAAGGAAACCAUGACCCAUCUGGUGCAUCUGCACUGGCAUCGGCUAGCAAUACGCACGAAAACACUGAGAGCAAUGCAGAUAAAGCAACUGUCGAUGUGGUAGGCAAUGGAAACAACGAGUUUGAGCACCGUGACAGUGAAGCUCUUCUUACAAUCAAGCCUUCUGUAACUGUAAGAGAGAAUUCCGACAUCCGGGUCAACUCGGUUGAAGCUGGGGGAGAUGUCGGUCAGCUUAAAGAUAGCGAAAAUCUCGUGGAGGAUGCUAAUCUUCAAACUCCUGCUAAGAAAAGAAGAAAGGUGGAAAAGAAAACUAGGAAGGAUGAUUCUGUUUCUGGCAGUGUCGGGUCAAUGCUGAACACAAAUAAGACGAUCUCCAAGCCUGAGGCUCUCAGCCCUCGAGCCUCCUCCCUCGGGGAGAGGCCGAAAGCUCCAAAUCUCGAUGCACCUGAAACAGUUAAUGAUCGUAUGGAGGCUAACAAUGGCUUGAGUGUUAGUCCAACUGCAGAUAAGAAGAAAAAACGGAAGAAAUCCUCGAAAGAUCCAAAUAAAUCUGCUGCUGCUACAACUUCCUCAAUAGAUAUUUUCGACGGGAAUCACGGGGUAUCUGGCAACAUAGACUGUGCUAUCGUCGGUCCUGAAAUUCGUGCAAUCUUGCCACCAGAAAACCGAGAUGAGACUCUUACCGCAGCAAUAGAAAAAGAAACCGAGAUGGCUAUACUAAGUUCUGCAGACAAUCUUCAAACCGAUGAUUUCACAACCACUCCGCUUCCAUUGGUCCAGGAAUCCAAAAAACCCGACCCAGUAGAUGAGAAUUACAGUGAUCAGAACAUUGGCAAUAACGAUAAAAACGCAACUCCGGUGGAUGAAAUUCCUAACCUUGGAACGUUUACGACAAAGGAUGAUGGUGAAGGAACGGGUAAAAGGGACGAUGGCGAAGUAAAUGCAGACGAGACUAAAGGUGCGAAAUCUUCAAAGCGCAAGAGAAAGUCGAGUAAGGCCAAGACUCCAGUUGAAGACUCUAGGAUUGGUAUUUCUUCAACUGAACCUGUCAAGGCUGUUCGUGGUGAAGGAGCUGAUAUUGUCAUUAGAAAUGUUCUUGAAUCUUUACAGCAAGGCGAAGGAAAUGAGGAAAAAUCGGAAAAGGGAGAGAAGAAAUCGAGAAAGAGAACGAAGAAGAAACAACCUUCGGACAACGCUGCUGAGGAAACGGCUCUCGUUGCUCCCAUCGUUGGUUUAAAAGAAACAGUUAGUGGUUCAUCCAAACCUUUGAAGAAGGCUAAACCCGGAAAAACUGGUGCUGUAGGACAAUCAAGUCGAACCAUUGCGGACUUUGAGAAUGAUACAUCGAUUUCCAAGAUGAAGAUCGAGGCCGAGAAUGAUAUUGCUCAUCAUAAACUCGAGAAAAGGUCGAAAGCAUUAAUCCCGGAUGCCUGUAACACAUCUGCUGCCCGGACUGCAAAGAAUAUCAAAGAAGCUCGUCUUUCAAAUGUUAGCGAAAGCAUUCAAGCAAAUACGAAGGGAUCAACCGAGAAAAAGGAGACCGUAAAAAGUUUGAGCACGAAAGAACAAAGGAAGAACACGUUCCCGGCUUCAGGUGCGAUUUUCGGUAACUCGAGUUCUGAAGAAGAUGAGCCUAAGGUUUCAGGUGCUUCCACUAGAACACCUUCGGAUGCUUCAUCUGACUACUCGGAUGAGGAAAGUGAUGCGGCUUUCGCGUCAGAAAAGCUCGGUACACUGAUAAGGUUUGGACCGACCCCCCCUUUCCUCUGAUUCAUCCUCUCCAAGUUCAGGACUUUGGAUUAUAAAUACAAGAACAUGGCAUAGGCCACAAUUUUGGUGAAACUCUUAUCCAAGAACAGGGCAAUCACUUAGUCUUCGUCAUGUACAUUUUUGGCCCCUUUUCCACAUCUUGUUAUCAUCGUUUUUUCACCCAAAUCAUGGAGUGUGGUAUACAUUACAUUAUACGUAUAUAUAUAUAUAUGUAUAGUGUAUAUGUGUAUGUAUAGAUAAAAUACCAAAUGCAGAGAGAUGGUGGUCUUGCCAUGGCAUCGAAAGGAAUUGAAUGAU